UCCGGUUUGAGCUAGUUCUUCUUCCAAUGGAACAUUAAUGUCUCGCUGCGCAGUGUUAGACUGUACUGGUACAGCUUUAUCCACAAUACAGGUACCACUGUAUUUUCAUCUGUACUGGGCAACAGUAAGCUGUUUCUCUUUUCUUUAAACACCCCACACAAACCAGCCAUGCCUAAACGGAGACAUGAACCAGGAGUCUCAGUGCCCAGGAGGAGAUCUCCAAGGUUGAAAGAUAAACCUGAAAAUGCAAAGGCAAAGACAGAGGCCAAACCUAAGCCAAAGAAGGGACCUGCUAAGUCUAAGAAAGCUAAGGAGGUGGAGAAAGCCAAGCCUGAUGAGAAAGCACCAGACACCCCUGCUGAGAAUGGCGAAGCCAAAGCUGAGGAAGAGACACCAGCUACAAACGCAACUGAACAAAAAGAUGAAGCGGCAGAAUAACAUUUCUCCAACCACAUCUUUUACCAGUGCUCCCUGUACCUCUUUUCUUGUACAAUUCAGGGGAAUAUUUUUAUCAACUAUUUUCUAAAUACAGGUUUUUUAGUAGUUUGAUUGUAGAGAACACUUUUUUUUAAUGAAAGAAAAAAAGUCAAUUUGGAGACGGGAAUUUUCAUCACAUCCCACAAUUUUGCAUCGCCGUAGAAUUUGCGGUCAUUGUUGUUACUGUCAGUGGAUUUCAUUUUGAGUUUAAAAUGUCAAUGGGGGGGGGGGGGGGGGGCAGGACAGGUUACCUUGUCAAUGUGCAAGCACAGCAUUAACAGAAGCUGGGGCAACAACUGGAAGAGCUUGUCUGCAUGGGUUACAUUCCAUAUGUUUUUAAGUGUGUGUAAUCUGUGCUGGGGUGGGAAUGGACAAAGUCACAGGGCAACUUUUUAUUGUUUUAUUGUUUAUAAUAAAGACCAGUGUUUUAGAAUGUUUUAAAACUUUGUUCCUGUAUGUUAACUCUUGUACUCAUGCAGUUUUCUUAAUGAAUCAGAUCAAUAAAGCUAAAAUCCCUAGUACUGGAGCUCUCUUUAUCAGAACCGUGCAUCACGUGUAUUAGUUGUGUCUCUGUUCUGUGAUAGCAUCUAAAUAAAUUUGUAUAGCUGCUGUGUAAAGGGGUUUCAAUCUCUAUAUUCAGUGUGUAAUGGUACAUUGUUAGGAUGAUUCAAAAAAUGAUUGUUUUCUUCACCAAGCUAUUGAGGAGUGUAACCAUAAGAAACAAACUGUUGAGAAUGGCCUCUUAAAGACCAACAGACAAACUACAUUUAUUUGAGAUGUCAAAUGCAUACCAACGGUAGCAAUAUUCAUGUGGAUUUUAGAUUUCUGUAUCAACUACACGUGUGCAGGUAAUUUGGAUUUGUUUAUAGAUGUACCUGUGUAAUGAUUGUUAUCAACAAACCAAUAAAACUUGGUUGGUAGGUG